AUGUUGCUUGAAGAUGCGAAUGAGAAGCAACACACUGAACGGGAUGUGAAAGCAUGGCUUGAUGAUCUCAAAGACUUGUUCUACGAUGUGGAAGAUAUUCUGGAUGAGCUCGGCACCAAAGCUUUGCAGCACAAGUUAGUUGGUGAAAGUCAGGCUAGCACUAGUAAGGUACGGAAUCGCAUCCCUGCUUUGUUAACUGGCUGGACUCCAAGUGCUUUUAAGAUGAAGAUUAGGAUGAGAGAAAGGAUCACAGAACUCACAACUCGAUUUAAUGAACUUAUGACAAGAAAAGAUAAACUGAACUUGAAUAAAAAUUCUGAUGGCCGGAGUCCAAACAUAAUAGAUAAACAGAUCAAUAACCCCUCAAGUUCUAUGGUGACAGACAGAGAUCAAAUGCAUGGUCGGCAUAGGGAAAGAGAUUUUAUCCUACAAUUAUUGCGCAUGCACAGUGAAACACGUAGUGAUGCUGCUUUUAAAGUAAAUGUAAUUCCUAUAUUUGGUAUGGCGGGUAUAGGAAAGACAACUCUCGCCAAGUUUGUAUACAAUAAUCAAGAUGUGCAGCGCUCUUUUAAUCCGAAACUAUGGGUUUGUGUUUCUGCUUAUGAUGGAGAUUUUGAUGUUGCGACGAUUACAAGAGCAAUAUUACACUCUAUGACACCUGAAAUUAACUAUUACUCGUCCAUGGAUUUAAAUCAGUUGCAAGUCGAACUAAAGAAACUGCUAAAUGAGAAGAGGUUUCUAAUCGUUCUGGAUGAUGUUCGGAAUGAGAACUACCGUAAGUGGACUAGCCUAUGUGCUCCUUUCGACGCAGGGGCUUCGGGGAGCAGCAUUAUCGUCACAACUCGCCAUCAAGAUGUCAUGUCACGGAUGUCAACGGUUGGAGUUCCACCAGCUUGCAGGUUGGGACUAUUGCCAGAUAAAGAUUGUAUGUCUAUAUUGGCCAAACAUGCAUUGGAUACAAGAGAUUUUAGUGCACGUACAUCGGCAUCUUAA